AUGUUAAGAGAUUUAAUUAAUAAUCAUACUCCUUUAAAAAGUAAUUUUGAGAGAUUAUCUACUCUAUUUCAAUGUGCUAUAAAUGCAUAUAAAUAUCCCUUAAAGUAAAUUAUAAUAAUCAUAAUCUUUAAAGUGGUAACCAUCUAUCUUAAUUGGGAGAAUUAUCAGGUUAUUAUUGCGUUGAAGAUAUUCACAAAAGAAUGCUCUAAAAUCCUAUUGGUUAAAGAAUACUUAAAGAUAAACCUAGGGUUACUCCUGAAACAUUCAAAAUAGAAGAAUUGUUGAAAUUAGACCAAAAUACAUUUGGGUAUUUAUUGAUUAUUACUCAAUUCUAGUUAUUAAUAUGGAAAAUUUAUGAAGGAAAGAGAUUUCUCGAGUGGAGAAAGACCGAUUGUUAAAUAUAUACCAGAUUUAGAAUUAGCAUAUGUUUAUCAAAGAUAUAAAGAAGUAAAAUUCUUAUUUUAAAUUAAGAUUCAUGAUUUUAUUCAUGUUUUACUUAUGUAUGAUGUAAGUGUCUAUGAUGAAAUUGUUGUUAAAUGGUUUGAAAUGGCUUAACUUGGAUUACCUUCAGCAACCUUAAGUGCAUUUGUUGGAUCAUUCAAAUUAAAUUGUUAAGAAAAAUAAAAACUUAUAGAAACAUUACCUGAUAUAUUGAAAAGAGCCAACAAAAGCGAAUUUAUUAUGAAUGUUUAUUUUGAAGAACAUAUAAACACUGAUAUUACAUAACUUAGAAAAUCGUUGAGAUUAUUAUGA